UGUCUGCACUUGUGAGGAUAAAUUCUUCAAACAGUAACAGGCGAAAUUUGAGAAAAUUGGUUGAAAUUGGGGAACAAAUUGUAAAUUGAAGUUCGAAACUUAAUAAACAAAAAAAUAAAUAAAUAAAUCGGGGAGGGAUAAGGUAGCCAUUACUAGCUGUUGGGUGGGGCCCUCAAACAGAAAUUCCAUCGGAUUAUCUAAAAAGGUAAUAAUCUGAAUAUUUUUUUAAUUUAAGAAGUGGUAAUUUAAAAAAAAAUAAAAUAAAAUAACGGGUGGUGAUUUCAAAACAGGUCCUCCUCUAAGGUGGUAAUUUACAAAUUUUUCUUAAAUUAUCUCCUUAAAGUCCUACUAGUAUUAGGAAAGUCAUCCUACAAAAUAUGCCAAUAUCUUAUUUAGAUGGUGGGUGAGACUAUAUAUGGAAUAAAUAACAAUUUUACCAAAAUACCCUUACUGAGAUUAUUAUUACCUACCCUCCCUAUUAAUAAAAUGGUGGAAAUUCACCCCUAAAUAAUCUCAUCCCCAAAUCCUUUAUUAUUCUCAUUCCUACCAAACAAACAAGACUUAUUUUUUCAAUUGGGAUUAAAAUUCUCAAUCUCACGCCCAAUUCCCACUUGCCAAACACCCCCUUAUUGUUUUUGAUAAAAAUUGAAGUAUACCAAAUCUCUCUGCUCUCUCGUAAAAAAAAUAGGUAGUAUCACUCUGCUCUUUGCUCUCCCUCUCUGACCCCUCAAAGGCGAUUGGUUGUCGGCGGUCAGAUUUUCUGCUCUUCAAUUCAGGUUGUGAAAUAUGGCGAUGAUGAAUUUCGAUAUGUAUGUAUAUGGCCACCGUCACCCUGACUGUUAUGGCAAUGGUUUCAGUAAGGAUGUCGUUCUCUCUGAAAUUCUCAGAUGGGGUUUUGUAUUGAGUUUGGAAGUGAAAGGCAAACUUGAACGCUAUAAGUCUCGUCUUCAAAGAAUCAUCCAUAAGGCAAAUCAAGAGUACUUGAACAUCACUGAAGUAAACACACCAACUCAUGCUAUAUGUGAAUACUCGGCCAGCAACAAAGUGGUGGCUUUAUAUCUACGUCUGCUAGCUAACAAAAUUAUGUCUCAAGAAUGCAAUAGCAAUGACAUCAAUGUUGAUGGGCUUGUUUUUAGCUAUGUCUUGGAAGCAACAUUUAGUACACUAACACCAGAAGGCAAAUUGUGGUUUCUUACUCGUCUCCAAAGAAUCAACGUUGGUGCAGUAGAAGAUUACAUGGGCAUCAAAAGAGCAAGCACCCAUAAAACCAGAAAAAAAGGAUCAACCAAAAACAAGGGAGCAAGCACCACUUUAAUAAAAGAAGGAUCAAGCACUUGUUUAACUAAGAAAAAGGGAACAACCGCUCCUGUAUCUGAAGGUUCUCAUAAAGAGAAAGCUCAAGGCUGUGACUGUACGAAGGCUUCAUCUCUGAAGCCUCCAACUCAUGCACCCUCAACCAACAAGAAAUUUAAGUUUUCAUUUGAGGGUGUAUGUAAAGAUUUGUAUCCUAGGAGCAAGCUUCCAGAAGGGCUUCUAUUGGCUCAAAGUAUUUUCUGUGCAAAAAAUGCCUUGGCCUUCUACAAUGACAAACAUGGUACAGAAUAUAAGCUUGUUGAACCCCUGUCUAGUGCUCGUCUCUAUGAGUAUGGGGUGCAUUUUCACUGCAACUUCACUGCAACUUCACUGCUGUCAAGCUUAGAAAGGAUGGUUCUCGCGCAGCUCAACCGAAGCUCUUCUUCGCUAGCUUUGUUUAUGUGAAAAGUGGAAUACGUGAUAUGUAUUGCAGCAUCAUUGAUCCUGCUAAAGCAAUUUUCUGGUGCUGUGAAGUUUGUCCACCUGAUCUUGCUCACUGUCAUCGACGUGCUGGUUUGUACAACGUGUUAAGGCGAUCUCCGCCUGAGUACUUUGAGGAUGUAAGAAAACGAGUCUAUGCAGAAAUUGCGUUGGAUGUUUAUAACAAGAAACAUGGCGCAGAGUAUGAGUUGGUUGAAGCUUUAGAAACCAAUGUUGUCCCUGUAAGUUUUGGUACCUAUAGGUUCCACUGCAACUUCAAGGCUCAGCUUGUGAAACCGGACAACUCUUUAAAACCAAGUCUUUAGUCUACUGGAAAUACAGUCAUGAAUUUAGCAGAA